AUGUCAGCUGAAGCGCCUGGUCUGAUCGUCAACGGCGGAUCGGCUGCCACAAAAUCACCGGCUGCUCUGUUGGAGGAGCAGCACGCACGCGAUGAAGCUCACAAGGUGACAGUGGAGGAUGUACCGGACGAGGAUGAAAUCCAGCAUCCUCCUCCCGCUGCAUCGGAAGUGAAGCCGGAUUCCGCUUCCGGUAGCGCAACAACUGCUGCUGCACGGAAGAAAGCACCAGCUUUCGAUGUGAAGUCCGAGGAAUUGUUUCCUGCUCUGGGAGGCGGUCCCAAGCCUCGAGCUGCUGCUGUUCCGACGACUUGGGGUGCUAAGAAAUCUUCAGCUGCUGCAGUAGCAAACGGCCUGGCCAAUGGCUCACAGGCUUCCGCUGCUACAGGUACGCAGGGUUUCGGUGUCAGUGAUGCACCAAAGAUCAUGACACUUCCUGGGAAGCAUGUGGAGCAGCUCCGCCUUGCGCCUUCGCAGAUGCUUCCCCGUGGCCAGCUCAAGAAGCCACUUCGCGACCUUCUUAGAGACAUCAGCAAGCGCUCGAAGGCUACUGUUGAUAUGCGUAGUGGGCCAGGUGGUUCCAUAAUCUUCGAGGGCAAGGGAUCAGUGGAUGCGGUUAGACAGGCCCUGAAGGACGUCGCACAGCAGGUUGGAUCUAAGCAAUCUGUCCGAGUGCCUAUCCCAGCUUCAGCCCGGCCCCACAUUAUCGGUCGCCAGGGUGCAGUUGUCCAAGAUAUCCAACAGCGGACUGGUGCUCGAGUGCAGGUACCCCGAGCUGAGGAAUCGCCGGCUGGAGAAGAGGACGACGACGACGUCACGAUUGACGUCCUGAUUGAGGGAGAUGCUGUUGCAGCGGAAAUGGCUCGACGAGAAAUAGAAGCUAUUGUCAAGGAACGGGCAUCCAAUAUCAGCUUGCGCCUGAAGACCAUUCCCCCAGAGUUCUUCCCAUUCCUCGCAGGUCCUCACAACACCAAUCUCAAUGAGAUUGAGGAACGCACAAAGGCUCAGAUAAGGGUUCCCCGCUAUGAUACAUGGACGACACAACCGCCACCCCAGGAAGCUGUCCCUGGUCAGAUCAACUUCGUCCCUGACCCCAGUACGCACAUCCUUAUUUCGGGUGAACGUUCUGCGGCCCAGGAAGCGCGAGCUGAAAUCGAGCGACGUGCUGCUGAGCUGCAGCGUCAACUCACACUAAGACAAUUGGCUAUCAACCGUGGCCAACAUCAGUUCAUCUUGGGUGACGAAGCUGAUGCACUACACCGUUUCCUUGCGGAAACCGGUUGCGCUAUCAUCUUGCCUCCAGAGUCUGACGAGAGCGAGUUCCUAACUAUCACCGGACCACCUGAGCACAUCGAUGUUGGUGUCAACCGUGCUAUGGAUCUCGCCACCAGCAUGCAGAUGGCAAGCAUCGACCUGUCCCGGCAACAUCCUAACGCACCUGUGGGCCCCCACGCUCAUGCGCGCGCUCUUACGUCGUAUCUGCAGCAGCGCCAGAUCAUUAGACAUCUGGAAUCGCUGUACGAUGCCCGUAUUGUGCUGCCACCGACCACAGAUGGGCCAGUGACAUGGGAGGUGUAUUCCAGGGAUGGAAAGAAUACUAUCCGGGCUCGUUCUGAUAUCAUGGGCUUGGUUCAAGCCCAUCCCCCAUCGAGAAUCCGCCCUGUCUCCGUAGACCCUUACUUCCACCCUUAUCUCCGUUCCCGGAGUUCCUCUCAACUGAAGAAUGACUUCGGUGUCCAUCUGAUCGUCCCAGACGAUGUUGAUAGCCCUAAUGUCUUCUUGGUCUAUGAGGGCCCCUCCGCAACAAGCCCAGAGUACCAGCCGCCAAGACAACGACCAUCAGCUGAGGAAGUCGCUGCUUUUGAAAGAAGCCUGCGGGAAGCCCAGGAACACAUUCUGAGUAUCCUGGGAGACCAGCAGAACGUCGUCGCCAAAUCGGUCAAUGUACCUGCGAAAUACGCUGAAAAGCUUCGGAGGUUUGUCGCCCGUGAACAGCAGGCUAAGGGUGAAGAUCACAUCCCCGUCCGUGUCAUCAUUGGCGAGCCAAGUGAACGCAACGGAGCUCAGAAAGCUGCUCCUCAGUGUGAAGUUUCUCUCCGUGGUCGCUCCAAUUCUGUCGAAGAUCUGGCCUCGAAGAUCGAUACAUUUGUCGUUGAGCAGGAAAAGGAUGAUCUAGAGAGGGGAUAUACCACUAGCUUUGAUUUCCCUCAGAAAUUCGCCAACUUCCUCAUUGGGAAGAGGGGUGAGAACAUCAAUAAGCUUCGUGAUGAGUUCGACGUGGAUAUCAAGGUCGAGAACGGAAAAGUUGAGGUCAAAGGACCAAAGGCCAAGGCUGAUGCUGCGAAGAGCCGGAUUAUUGCUCUGGGAAGGAAGCUUGAAGACGAGACAACUCACGUCCUCAAGGUUCCGCCGCAGUACCAUCGUGACCUGAUUGGUCAAAAGGGUAGCCAGGUUAACCGCCUUCAGGACCGGUACAAUGUUCGCGUACAGUUCCCUCGUGCUGCCGUGUCAGCGCAGGUCAAUGACGACCAGUCUGUUGCGGACACUGCAAGCGAAGUAGGCGGAGGACGGCCUCAACGACCGCAGCAGGCACCUGACGAAGUGAUUGUGAAGGGUCCCCGUAAAGGCGCUGAUGCCGCAAGAGAUGAGAUUCUUAGCUUGCUGCAAUGGGUUAUUGACCACUCUCACUCUGCUUCUGUGUCUGUUGCUCAGGCCCAAGUCCCGUCUCUCAUCGGCCAGCGUGGUCGUGAGAUGGACAAGCUGAGGGCCGACACUGGUGCUCAGAUUGAUGUUCCCAGCGCUAACGACACUCCGGAUGCGUCGGGUCGCGUUGAAAUCAAAAUCAAGGGCACCAAGAAGCAGGUUGAGGAGGCAAAGAAGAUCCUUCAGCAGCGUUCCAAGGAGUUCGAUGCUAUUGUCACCAAGACGAUUGAUGUUGACAAGAAGUAUCACAAGGCUCUGAUCGGCGCAGGUGGUGCGAAUAUCCGCAAAAUUGUUGUUGAUGCUGGUGGUCCCAACGACGGUAGCGCCGCUCGUAUUGUCAAGUUCCCCCGUCCAGAAAGCAAUGAUAGUACGAUUAAGCUUGAAGGCAACGGGGCCGUCGUUGACAAGAUCGUUGCUGCUAUUCAGGACUUCGUGAAGGAGCGAGAGGACCAAGUGACCGCUACAAUUGAUGUGCCUCAGUCACAGCAUCGCCUGCUCAUAGGCCGUGGCGGUGACACCAGAAGAGACUUGGAGUCCAAGUUCAACAUCACUCUGGACGUCCCUAAGCAGGGAUCGGGCCGUUCUGACGUGAGAAUUAAGGGCCCCAGCAACGCCGUCGAGGGAGCCAAGGAGCAUAUCCUAACCUUGCUCAAGGAACAGCAAGGCGAAACUGUUGAAGUACCGAAGCAUCUUCACCACGCUAUUUCGGAGAAUGGCUCAUUCUUCCGUCGCCUUCGCAAUGAUUACCACGUGACGGUCGAUCAUGCCGGUCAUCAGAUCCCGCCAAAGCCCAGCGUGGAUUCUCGCAAUGGCACGAAUGAUUCAGCUUCGCUUCCUUUGAUCACUGAUGAGCCAGGCGCGGCUGCAGACGCUCACUCCUGGAAGGUCGUUGACAACAGUUCCGUUGCGGCUGAUCCUUCGCAGCAGUCCACGAUUCCAUGGGUUCUCAGCGGCUCGUCUGAAAAUGUUUCCAAGGCAAAGGCUGCCUUGGAAAAGGCCAUCGCAAGUGCAUCCCAACAGUCGGCUACUGGCUACCUCAUCUUGCCUGACCCCAAGACAUACCGCUUCGUUGUUGGACAAGGAGGUAGCCAGAUCAACUCCAUCAGGAAGAAGACCGGCUGCCGCAUUAAUGUGCCCAAGGACCAGGCAAAGGGAGAAGCAAUUGAGAUCAAGGGAUCUAAAGAGAGCGUGGAGCAGGCCAAGGACCUGAUUCUGGAGGCCGUCCAGGCAGGUUUGAAUGGCACCUCGAGAUGA